AUGCUCCUGACCAAAGAGGCAGCCCCGAGCUCCCCCGGCUUCUUCACGCCUUCCCCCCGCUGCUCGGCCGCUCUCACUCACCACUCACAACCGCUCUCCGCCACCGACCCCCGGCCCCUCAGCGCCCAUCGGGCCAAGCCGCCGCCGCCGCCGCCGCCUCACGAUUCAAACCUAACCGCCGCGCCUGCGCGCCGCGCCAAACCGCCCGCCGUCCUGGCGGCAGCGCCGUACAGCAUGGCGCCCCCCAGCGCUCCGUACAACAUGGCGGCCUCCGCUCUGUCAGCGCGCUGCCUGCCAUUUCGCUGUUUGCCUUCAACGGCGCCCACCGCCCUCGGAGCGGUGAGGCUGGCGAUGCAGCAGCGUCCUGCCGGGGCGAGGCCGCUCUGUUUCGAGCGGUCACCUCACUCUGCAUUCUUCCGACGAAAGGACGGCGGGCGCCAUCUCGCAGAGCAAGGUGAAUGGGAGGCGAUGCCGGCAGCGAUUGGUGUAGUUCCUUAUAGGCUGUGGGAAAACCAGAGUUCUCGUGACGAGGUGGCCGAGUGGUUAAGGCGAUGGACUGCUAAUCCAUUGUGCUCUGCACGCGCUGCUCACCAGCGCUGGCUCCCGGUCCGCUGCGGGCGCGGCCGUCAGCCCCGUGCCUCCCUCCCGCCGCCUGGGGCCGCCCGGGGCCCGCGUCCCGCUGGGCGGGAAGAGCCGUAAGGCGGGGUCGGCUGCGCCGCGGCCUCUCAGAAACCCGUCUGUGAGGCAGCCGCCACCAAAAUCCCUUUUUACAACCCAAACAGGUCGAUUUAGGCGUGCCUAGUCCUCGGUGGGAUCUUGGGGGGUAAAUAAAUAUUUGCAAAAACGGGUGAGGGAGCUCCAAAACAAUGCCAGUGCUCAGCGCGCAGGUUCACUUUGGAGAAAGAAUGGUUGCAGUGGGGCUUUUUUUUUUUUGGUGGAGAUAUCAAGAUUGUAAAAGCAUAAAUUAUCACAAAGGGAUGCUACACAUCGAGAGUUAAGCUUUUAAAAUGGCACCUGCAAGGGUGGUUACAACAGCUGGAAAAGUGUCUGUGUGGAAGUUUGGCUCCUCAGUCGUGUUUGGGUUGGUUCUCACACAGCAUUUACCUCGGACAUACCAUUGGGUGUUUCUAACAGUCAUGCUUUCACUGCUAGAAAAACAGCAAAUGUUAACAUGUGUGGGUUUCCAGCAGGAAGCAGCAGGACUUGAUGGAAAUAGGGCAGCUGUGCAGUGUAAAACUGUCAGCCCCAAACUCCAGUGUAACCCAAUCACUGGUAGGCCCCUAACAUGACAGGUUCAUCCUUCAAAGUGUCUUGACCACAAAGGUGCCAUAAUUAAAAAACAUAUAGUCUUACUGCAAAAAUCAGAAUUCUCUGAUAACUAGAUGACUCUUUCACAGCUGACCUGUCAGCAACUAGCAGUGCAGGGAUGC